AUGAUAUUGUACUGUAUUCUCUCUAAACUUCCUGUCAAAUCUGUUAAGCGGUUUACAUGCGUUCGUAAACCAUGGUCACUUUUGUUUGGCAAUCCUACUUUCCUAACCAUGUUCCGCAACAAUUUGGUUUCCAAAUCCCAUUCAUUGUAUGAUGACGACGACGACGAUGAUGUGUGUCUCAUCUUCAAUAUGUUUUUGGUUUCGAGUAUGUUGUAUAUGCUUUCAGGUGAGAGGUUUGAGAAUAAGGUUAGAUUAGAUCCACCACCGCCAUAUGAUCAUCUACCAAGUGACAAUUUUCUUCUUCAUAUUUUAGGUUCUGCUAUUAAUGGCAUUAUUUGUUUCUAUAAUUGUCUCGAUCAUAGAAAUGUAGUAUUAUGGAACCCGGCUACUAAGGAAAUUAAGGUCGUUUCUCCUAGCCUUAACGAGUGUCUAUCUAAUGUCACUAAUGCAUUUAGUCUUCAUGCAUUUGGUUAUGAUCAUGUUAGAGAUGAUUUCAAUGUCAUUUGA